AAACUUCGCGAGUUCGGUUCUGUCUCUCGCGCGGAAAAGACGGGAGAGAAGUUCUUGCUCUGAACUUCUUCCUUUUUUUAUUUCUGUUCUUUUUACACUGAAUGGGUUUUGGGAUACUGUUUUGGGUUUUUUUUGAAAGUUUGUGAAGUUCCUAUUUUUGGUGAAGGACAUCCGGGUAUCUGACUUAGGAUGGACCAUAGCAUGCACAUCGCAGAGCCGGACGGAAUGCCGCCCCAGCCAGAGACCGAGAUGCCUGGCGGUCAUGAGAGCCACAUGGAUGGCCUUUUGGACGGAUGGGGGGGAGAGGAGCAGGAGUUGCUCGGGAUGCUGCACGUGCCUCUGCUCCACGGGGGCGUGAAGGAAGUCCUGCUCCUGCCGAGCCUGUCCACCGCCUCGCCGGGCUCCUUCACCCUCGCCUGCAUCCUCCUUGCCCUCUGCACCGCCCUCGUCGAGGUCCUGCGUCUGGCUGUAUGGUGGGUGGAGAACCGGAGGAUAAACAAACAGACACGUGGAGGAACCUGUGAAUGUAAACACUGCACGAGCGUUACUGUCAGCCUGCGAGGAGUGGCGGAAGGCAAGCAGUACAACGCGAUCCACGAUGCCAACAGCGGCGAGUCCCUGAGCAUACAGUCCUCUUCGAACUCAUCGCUGUCAGCCAGGCGAACCGGCUUGUGGCUCGCUGUCUCAGGCGCCCUCCACCUCCUCAUCUACUUGACCUCCACUCUCCUCAUGCUUAUCGCCAUGACCAUGAACAUCUACCUCAUCCUGUCCAUGGGCGUCGGGGCCUCCUGCGGGAAAAUCGCCACCCUCAUCGCCCGCAGGAGGAUGGAGGACGGGCCGUGCAAGUGACGCCAGAACAGGGUUUCCCCCAAACCCUGGACGGUGGCGGAGGCGGUGACGGAGGAGGAGGCGGUGACGGGGGCGGAUAGGAACGGCCUCCCGCACACCACGCCCUUCUGAGGGUCCUCGCUGCGAUCCUGGCUACGAUGGAGGGAGUCUAUGCGCGUCACUUGAGUUUGGUCGAAUUACUCGUGAGAAUACUAUAAAUAUAUAUAUUCAUACCGGUAAGAUGGUGAAAAGAGUUAGAUAUGAAUAAAUAUUUUUUACUAGAGUGUCCCGGUGACAUAAAUUAACGGGAACUCUAAUGAAUUGGAUUCUGCAACUAUCAAAUAAAUAUCUCUCUAGACUCCAAAGCUCGCAAUCCUUUCAAAAUGCCCACAGAAGUUAGCUGCUCCAUCUGUCUUGGUUUCAGAAAAAAAAAGAUUUAGGUGUAAAAGGGGCAUGUUAAGCAGUGAUAGGGUAAAUGCUAUAAAACUAAAUUGAAAUUCUUUUAAAAUUUUAAAAUAACACAAAUAAGCAUGUGAGUCAGUAAAUACACGCCUUUGCUGAUGAAAUGAACUAUGAUGUAAUAACUUUUUGAGACAAACGGAAAUGCCACCAUAUAUUUCUCAAGCGUCUGUUUGCCUUAGUGAUGAGGGAGUUGUGAACAUUUAAUAAGGAAUUGGAGAAAUUUAUUAAGGAGCGGGCGAACAGUCUGGAAAAUACGUGAAUUAGAUUAAUAAAUGUGAUUAUAAUACUGCACAGUUUGCACCGUUCUGUGAGUAAUAGCUUAAUAAAUAAUAAACAAAGGAGAGGGUUAAUAUAUAUAUCCAUACAGUACACACACAUACACGCGCACGUGCGCACAUGUAUGCAUAUAUAUAUGUGAAUCGGAAAAAUCCGGUAAUCCAGCAGAACGUACUUUUGACUGGAUUGCCGGCUGAACCAAAACGCAAUUAACUGUGGUGUACCAUUUUAAUAUAGCUGUGAAUAUAGGAUAAUUUGUCGAAGUUCACUGGCUUUCCUCCCCUCCCCCCCUUUUUUUUUACUCCACCACUGCAACGGUGAUUUACUGCUUCGGAAGGGGCGCAUGAUCAAUAUUCAACUACAUCAAGCCUUACAAAAUCUGUGAUAAUAUAUAAUUAUAAUAUUAGUCAAACUCAUUAGGAAAGGAACAUGAAAUCAUGAUAGCAGCAGAUCAUUAUUAUGAACUUUGCUUAUGCACAUGUACACACCCGUGGACGUGCAAGUACAUUCACAAACACAUUCUAACAAACAACUAAACACACGCACAAUAAACAUUACUCAAUUUAGAGUUACAAAGUUAGUGUUGAGAUCAGUGUUAGCAUAAAUGUAUUGCUCUCACACGUUAUAUGUUUCUGUGGUAAAAAAUCCGUCUAUUAACGUUUUAAAUAUACACACACUCAUUGCAGUCAUCACACUUUUAUAUACUUAUAGGUGUGAUGAUACAUAUAUAUCCUAAAAGAGUAUACUUUCUGUGGUAAAUGUUUUUAGAUAAAACAAGCAUAGAGAAGAUAUUAUAUGUUUACUGGACCAGAAUAAAUGUUUAAUCUAUAUUUUUCUUCACUAGAUGUAUAAUAAAGGUUACUGCAUU